ACGUGCUUGCCACCCUUGCCACCGCCGUUAUGGCUGUUGCCGCGGACGUCCCAGCGAUCGAAAUCGUGGGCAACAAGUUCUUCUACUCCAAUAACGGCUCCCAGUUCUAUAUGCGUGGUAUCGCCUACCAGGCUGACGUUGCUAACUCGUCCUCCACAACCUUUUCCGACCCAUUGGCCGACGCUGCUGCGUGUAAGAGAGACAUCCAGUACUUCACGGACCUCAACACCAACGUGUUGAGAGUCUACGCUGUCAACACCUCCCUCGACCACGACGACUGUAUGACCCAGUUGGCCGAUGCUGGCAUCUAUGUCAUCUUGGAUUUGUCCGAACCGGACUUGUCGAUUAACAGAGAAUCGCCAUCGUGGACUAUCGAGCUCUACAACAGAUACACCUCCGUUGUGGACAUGUUUGCCAACUACACCAAUACCUUGGGUUUCUUCGCCGGUAAUGAAGUCACUAACAACAACACCAACACUGAUGCGUCCGCCUUCGUUAAGGCUGCUCUCAGAGACACCAAGGCCUACAUCAAGUCAAAGUCUUACAGAUCUAUCCCAGUGGGUUACUCCUCCAACGAUGAUGCGGACACCAGAGUCGCGAUUGCUGACUACUUUGUGUGCGGCAGCGACGACGAAAAGGCCGAUUUCUAUGGUAUCAACAUGUACGAAUGGUGUGGUGCCUCCAGUUACACCACCUCUGGUUACUCCGACAGGAGCGCCGACUUUGCCAACUUGUCCGUCCCAAUCUUCUUCUCCGAGUACGGUUGUAACACGAUCCAGCCUAGAACCUUUACCGAAAUCGCCACUUUGUUCGGCAGCGACAUGACCAACUUGUGGUCCGGUGGUAUUGUUUACAUGUACUUUGAAGAGGCUAACAACUACGGUUUGGUUUCGCUUUCCGGUAGCAGUAUCUCAACCAUGGUCGACUACAAGUACUACUCAUCGGAAAUUAACAGCAUCUCCCCAUCGUCCGCCAAGUCUUCUGACCAGACCGCUACCGCUUCUGAGCUCUCCUGCCCAUCGCAGUACUCCAACUGGAUGGCCAGUACCGAUUUGCCACCAACCCCAGACCAGUCCGUCUGCGAGUGUCUUAGCAACUCCUUGGCCUGUACGGUCAAGACCUCUGUCGACGUCUCCGACUACGCGUCUAUGUAUAGCUACUACUGCGGUGUCGUCGACUGUUCCGCCAUCAACUCCAAUGGUACCAGCGGUGUCUACGGGAUGUACUCUUUCUGUUCCGACUUUGAGAAAUUGUCUUACGUCAUGAACUUGUACUACAUCAGCCAGGGCAAGUCCUCCUCUGCCUGUGACUACUCCGGCUCUGCCACGUUGAAUACCAAGACCUCUGCCGCCUCGUCUUGCGGCUCUGUCUUGUCCAACGCUUCAGCUUCCAACACCGUGGCUGCGUCCUCUGGCUCCAAGACUACCGGUACUUCCAAGUCCAGUGGCACUUCCUCUUCCAAGUCCACCUCUUCCGGUAAGUCCGCCGCCCACACUCUCCGUGCACCAGCUCUUAACGGUGUCGCCGUUGCCGCCUUUGUGGUGUCCUUCUUCGCGUGCGGCUUGUCUGUCGUGUUGAUGUAG